ACGCGGAGGAUCUGUUGCAUAGCAAACCAUCUAUCCUUUCUUGUUAAUAAUAUCUCAAACACCGCCGCAUCGUAGGUUGAAAUAUCGCGGGGCCACUCCCCCUCAUCUACGUCCUACAAUCCUGUUCUGUUUUCUCAACUUCUAGUCAAUGCUUACCCGCCAGCAACUGGGCGGAGACUUGGCGACCACCUUGCGGAUGUUCCAGUCUUUCGACAGACUCUCUUUAAAUCAUCGCCGUCGAAGUUUUCUCGGAGGCUCUCGUUUAAUCAUUCCCAUCUUUGGCCUAAAAUCCCCCGUCUACUGCUCAGUGUCCCCCGCAAAAUGGCGCCGUCAAUCGAUGCAUUCUUUGACAAGAGGAUCGCGGACCGAUGGGGUCCGACACGCAAUGAGGCGAAUGCCAUCCGCGAGCUGCUCCGGGGCAGCAUCACUCCCGAGGAGGCGGCUGCGAGAUUCACCAGCGACAUCCGCGCAUCUCGCACCGCCGAGGCAAGCAGAGGAUCCCUGUGGGGGAUGUGGAAGCUGCUCGAGGACACGGCAAGAAAAUUCCCCGAACAUCACGCUACGCUGGUAAAAUUGGUGGAUGCCGUUCGGCAGCUUCCCGACCUCGCAAUCCGAGGGGAAACGGCUGUCAAAUGGCCGGAACUCCCGAUACUAGCAGAGCUGUGGGGAGAGAACGUGUUUGACCGGGACGAACUGGCCUACUCUGAAGAGCAGGUCGCGAUAAUCGGCUUUACCGCCCAGCUCUGUGCCCGGCAGCUUGUCGACGCCAAUGAUUUCCUGUCAGCGGCGGAGCUCGACUUCUACGCCGCCUUCGAGAAGGCGCCGGCCGCGGGUUCCGCUCUCAAAGCAGGCGACAUCCAGAGGCUGAACGUCAACGUGCCCAUCGCGUCGCAGUGGAUUCUGCAUGCCGGGGAGGCCAUCUACAACUGCGAGGAGACCUUCGGUCUCCAGGCCAGAGACGGCUUAUGGACGGGCCAGCCGGGGUUCAGCUACGGCAGGUGGAAGCUGUGGAAGGAAAGGGCGGAAUGGGUGUGCAGCCUCAACGGGACGGUCAGGCGGGAGACGAUAGACGUGGCCAGGAAGAUGGUGGAGAGGAUGAGUCAGAUCGAGAGCGCCGACGCUUCUUGAGAGAUGCGAUGAGAUGAGAGGAUGCUAGGUUAGGUACCUACCUACCUAUUCCGUAGUAAAGCAUGUCGGAUAAUAUCUUCAAACCCCUGCGAUGGAAGCCAUCGAUUUGUACCCCACCUGCGCGCCACCGCUGCGUGAGCCACAUGAAGCCACACACCCUGCUAAAUGUAGGUACCUACCUACCUACCUAGGUAGGUACAGAUAGGCUAAACAAUAGAGACUACCAAGUAGCGCUAUCAGGAAUCGAACCUGUCCUCUAUUAUCUAACCCACUGAGCUGGUACC